UCAGUCACUAACUCUGGAGAUCUGCCAAGGAGAAGUUACUCCUAGUCCUUUGAGCUUACACUCUUUUUUUUUAUAAAACCUUUUAUGUUAUAGGAUUGAUUUCUUCCUUUUUAUCUUUUGGCAAAAAAUGAAAUCGCGGUCAUCAGAACAAAACAAUGGAUUCGGGGGGCUUAAACUGAAAGUCAGGUGUAGCGAAAUUAGAGCCAAAUCCUAGGUCUAAGCAAAAUUUCCCUUCAUCAAAAACUUUUUUGGGCUUCUCCUGCAAAAUUCACAACAAAUAGAAAUGUGUGAACUCCGUCACACACUUAGCACUGAACUGACUAAAUAAAACCACUACCCACACGCAAAAACGAUAACAAAAGAAAGAAAGAUGGCCUUCUUCAGUAUCAACUGGCGUUUACUGCUAACAAUAGCAACAAUUCUCUACCCUACACUGAUCAGAGCUCAACCCUCGACUUGCAACUUCAAAGAAGUAGACCUUCAACCUUGCUUGACCAAAACCAGUGAGGUCACAACUGAGGCUUGUUGUUUAGCCCUUAAUCAAGCUCUCAAUGCGGGUCAUCAGUGCUUGUGCUCGGUAUUAGGCUACACUAAUCUCCCAUUAGCCUCCGCUAAUGCUCUCUUAACUGUGUCACCACCGGCAUUAAUGUUCCCGGGCUGUGCUCUAGUCUCCCCUUCUUUAGCAGCUUGUGGAGUACCACUGGAGAUAAAUCCUCCCCCAUUUCCAACCAGGGAGCCUGUGGCCUCUGCACCUGCACAGCCACCAGUGAAUUUGUCGACAAAUUCAAAUCAGACAUCAACAGAAGAACAUCAGAUAGAGAGAGCAACUCCUGCAACCAGCAAGAACACCGGUCCUGUGUACGCUUACAAUAGCAACAAUGGAAGCAGUGAUGAAAGCCUAAACAUGUUCAAGUCAUUUGCAUCACUGGCUUGGCUCAUUACUCUAUCUGUAUGGAUCAUCAUAUAAUAUUAUUAUUUACUUUGGCUCA